AUCUGUUCCCACCAUGUUGGUUUGCAAUGCGGAACUCGGCGGUUUUGGUCCAAAACCAGCAUUGCGGAUGAUGAUCCCGACCGACCGAGAGAGAGAGACACACACACAAAAUUCAUUCAUUAGAUCUCAUAGCUAACGAUCCUCCAACAAAAGCACAACGCCUUCACGAUCACCAUGCUUGCGACAACAACUCUUCAUCGACUUUGCUUUUUGGGCUUGGCCCUGCUUUUGUCUGCUGGCCAAGGCAGUGCACGGUGCGACCAAGGCCUCACCAUCAUUAACAAUUCUCCAGACUCGUUGGACUUUGGACAGUGGGAAUAUCGUGAACUCAGUACACGAGGUAGGGCAUGGCCCGGAUGCUGGGGCUGGGAUAUUUUGGGUCCCGGUGGUUGGUUUCCCUCCACAUGGUAUGAGCUCAUGGACGGCGAUGACCAAGGUGACAACAGCAUUGUCUAUGAAAUUGAUCGGUCUGCGAGAGCAAGCUACUGUGCCGCCGAGCCCGAUGAAAUCAAUUUGUUGGAAGUGUCAUAUGGAGGCCUCUCCGGAUACAUUCGAGUGGUGCCGACUCCCGAUGCCAGCGGGACAACAGCAAGUAUCAAAUGCGCCCCCAAAGCUCUGGGUACUAUUGAGACACCCAUUGCCGGUGAUCUGGUCUGUGAAUUGGUGGAGUUGCCUUUUACUGGGCGAGAAGCCAUUGAAGUGACAGUGGAACUUGAUUUGAGUUCAUAGGGCAGGCAGCCAAGAAUGAACAAUAGGAAAUACAAUUAGUGUACUAGUAAAUCUGGCUGGUCGCCAACCCAAUGCCCUCAUCGUACUCGUAGACACCUUCCGAUCGAAUCGGCUCACUUUUCUCCCCG